AUGCACCCACCGGACCACUCGUUAUACGACACGCAAAAUCACUUAUCUGUACCAAACACAAAUAAUUAUCUCCAUCAUAGUAAGAACAUGUCUCCUUUGGAUCACAGCUGGCUCGCAUCGAGCUAUCAGCCACACUGCAGUCCGCCUUCACAAUAUUCUUCGACAUCGAAUAUCCCUUCACCAACGAUGGUCCACAGUCCCGGUAGUCCGGUAGAGUCACCGCAGACAGACUACAGCAACCUCCACCAAGUGCUAUUACAACCCUUCGAGCAAAUCACGAUGCUGGAUCCACCGACGUCGAGUUACAACACGACGUAUAUUAAUCACAGCUCACCUCACUCACCUCAGACAACGAAUACGCAACACACAUAUUCAAGGUCGUCGACGUCACCGGGAAUCCAUACGCAGACGCACACGUACCCGUCGUCGGGCGAGGGCCGGGCGCGGGACCCCGUGGCCGGGGGCUUCCCUCUCGCCUCACCCUCGCCUGCCACCCCCGCCACGCCUGCCACGCCCGCCUCCAUCCCCGACAUCAUACUCACGGAUUACUCGGGUGAACUAGACGCGAGCAUAUUCGGCGGCGAGGAAGCCCAGCUCCGGGCGGGCCUGGACCUGGACGACCUGACCCUGUUGGAGGAACCUAGUGCUUUACUACCUGACUCUUCCGUGGAACACGAGUUCAGAAUGGACCGGAUCGACCGCAUGUUAUAA